AGGCCCUGCAGGGGAGAAGAUAACAGAAAAACACAGCCCCCUUCUCCCAGUAACAGCAAUGUCCAGGGGGCUAAAGAAGACAGCCUAAAAGCCUCUUGAAAGCAAUCUGAUCUGAAUUCCAAAGGAGAGGGAACUAGACAAGAAGAAUAAUGAACUUCCAGGGGCCCACAGUCUAGUUUGCAAAUACCAAGUUUCACUAGACUUCCUGGUGAUUGUUUCUCUCUUGGUCAAAAUGUCUGACUCUUCCAAGGAGAGCUCAGGGACUUGUGGGGAUGCUGGGAAACCGAGGCUGCCAGUGACUGGCAGGAGCUGCUUAAACACCAUGGACAAAAAAUUGAACUUGCUGAAUGAAAAGGUUGAUAAACUCUUGAAUUUCCAAGAAGAUGUGGCAGGAAAACUAGAGAGUGUAUAUCGAGGCAUUGGUGACCUAGAACGGGGCAUCAGCAAGAUGGCAGCCGCUUCUAAGGCAGAUCUCCCUUGGGAAGGACUGACUCAAGCCCAUGUUCAGACGGGAUGCCCCGAGAUGCUGGAGUUGGUGAGAGCUGUGCAGCGGGACACCUCCCGACACAGCACAAUGCUUGAAGGGCUCCUCAAGAUGGUCACUGCAGUGGACAAAGCCAUGGCUUUGAUUGGAGUGAUUUUCCAGAAUUCUAAAGUGGUGGAUUUCAUUCUACAAGGAAGUAAUCCCUGGAGGAAAGGGAGCCUGGCUGAUGCUGAGAAUCUUGAGGAGAACAAGGAGAAAGCUGAGGAGAAGGGGGCUAAACCAAAGCAGACCCUCAGCACUCGAGGAGUGCAAGCCGAAAUCAGGAGGCCUUUGGAAGAAAGCCAAAAGGCAGAGUCGUUGGAGGGGAAGGACAAGAGGCUGCCCCCAGUGACCCCUAAAGAUCCUGGAGUUAACUCAGACCCUUUCGGAGGGGGAGGGACCUCCACAAGGCAGGAUGACGGAUCUUCUACCCCAGCUUCUUGCCAGAGACCUCCUGACUGUCUUCCAUCACCCAAAGAUACAAUAUCUAAAGACCCAGAGAAAGCCAGUGACAUCACCCUUGUGCAUCCAGAUUGUGCAGUGGUACCACAGGGGCAGAGUGAAAUCUGCCAGGUUCAAGUGGCACCUGGGGGAGUAGAACAAGGAGGAGACAUGACUGGCCAGCCUGCUUCUUGGCCAUUAGAAGAGGUGGCAAAGCCAGGUUCAGCAGCCAGCACUGAGGUCCCAGAAGCCUUGUCCCAACCCAUGGGAGCUCGGGGUGGAGGGAUGCCUCCAAGGUUGUCCAUCCAUGUGCAGGAGACAGAUACGCCAAGGGAGAUGUUGGUGAGCCGUGCGGGAGGUCGGGGUCGCUCUUCAGAGAAGGCCCUUAGACCCAAACCCUUGGCAUCAUUGUCCUCUGAAGAGGGAGGAAGCCCAUGUGGGCAGGAUAUAUGGGUGCCCAUGGGCUCUUUCCAGCCCUCCAGAACUGAUCCCACUGUGAUCGGCCUUGAAGGGAAGUCUCCAGAAGUAGGACAGAGUGAGCACAAUCCACAAGGCAAGGAGAGGGGAGCCGUCCUCCUCGGGACUAAUGACCAGAAAGCAGAGGAUAUGUCUGAAUCAGAAUGUCAGCUGGCAAUGGGACGCAGCACUGCACAGAAGGAUAGGAGAGAGGCCACUGGAAGCUCAGAUGAACAACAGAGAAACCCAGGAAAUGGAACCCAGGAGCCUGAAAAUGUGGCAACAGCUGUGGAGGGAGAAACCAUGGCUGCAGGAAUGAGUGUGCACUGUGAGAGGGCAGGUAGUCUGAUGUUGGAUGACAGCCCGUCCCCCCCAGCCCCUUUUGAGCACCGGAUAGUGAGUGUCAAGGAAGUACCAAUCACCACAGCCUACACCGUGUGCCAGCAUGAAGUCUUGGGAGGGGGAAGAUUUGGUCAAGUCCAUAAGUGUACUGAGAAGUCCACUGGUCUCUCGCUGGCAGCCAAAAUCAUCAAAGUAAAGAGUGCCAAGGACCGGGAGGAAGUGAAAAAUGAAAUCAACAUCAUGAACCAGCUCAGCCAUGUCAAUCUGAUCCAGCUCUAUGAUGCCUUUGAGAGCAAAAACAGCUUCACUUUGGUCAUGGAAUACGUCGAUGGUGGCGAGCUAUUUGACCGGAUCACAGAUGAAAAGUACCACCUGACAGAGCUUGAUGCGGUCCUGUUCACCAAACAGAUCUGUGAGGGCCUUCACUACCUGCACCAGCAUUACAUUCUACACCUGGACCUGAAGCCAGAGAACAUACUAUGUGUAAAUCAGAUGGGAAACCAAAUUAAAAUCAUCGACUUUGGGCUGGCCAGAAGGUACAAACCCCGGGAGAAGCUGAAAGUGAACUUUGGCACUCCAGAAUUCCUGGCCCCUGAAGUGGUGAACUAUGAUUUUGUCUCCUUUCCCACUGACAUGUGGAGUGUGGGUGUCAUCACAUACAUGCUGCUCAGUGGCUUGUCUCCAUUUCUGGGGGAAACAGAUGCAGAGACAAUGAAUUACAUUGUGAACUGUAGCUGGGAUUUUGAUGCAGAUGCGUUUGAAGAGCUGUCGGAAGAGGCCAAAGAUUUCAUUUCUAGGCUCCUGGUUAAAGAGAAGAGCUGUAGAAUGAGUGCUUCACAGUGUCUGAAACACGAGUGGGUGAAUAAUCUGCCAACCAAAGCCACAAAGUCUAAAGUUCGGCUCAAGUCACAGAUACUGCUACGGAAAUACAUGGCUCAAAGAAAAUGGAAAAAACAUUUCUAUGCCGUGACUGCUGCCAACAGGCUUAGGAAGUUUCCAAGUUGUCCCCAAGCCUCAUCUAUGCUGUUUUGAAAGUUCUGCAAUGCUUAGAGCUAGAGAUGAGACUAAGACAGAGAACUCUUUGUCUAAUGAUCUGGCCCUUUACUAUUACUGUAUUUGAUUUCCUGUUUUUAAAUUGUGUAAGUAAUGUUAUUACUGUAGCCUGUCUUAAAUGUGGAUGUGAACUUGCUAUGUAAGAACUGCCUUAAAAACUUUACUAGGUGAUGACAGUAGGCAUGCAUUAAAUCAAAUGAGUUGGGGAGAUAUGGUCCUAUUUUAGGAGUGUGAUUAAUUUCAAUUUUUAACUUGUUCUGAGUAGCAAUUAUAGUAGCAUGUGGCACAGGGAUAAGUCAUUCAGUAUUAUUUCCAAAGUGUAGAUUUCUUAUUGUUUUUGGUUGUUUAGGUGGUACUGUAUUAUGAAGUUUCACAACGGGGGUUCUUAUCCUCUUUUUGGGUCAUGGCCCCCUUUGGGAGUUUGGUGAAGCCUAAAGACCCCUUCUCAGAAUAAUGUUUUCAAAUGCAAUUAAAUGCACUAAAUUGCAGAGGAUGACAAAGAAGAGCAAUUAUAUUGAAAGUUAGCAAAAUUUUUUUAAAAAGUUUAUGGACCUUAGGUUAGGAACCUAUGCUUUAAAGUAUAACAACACUGGUUUAGAAACCAUGGGAACUGGUACCAGAAAUUAAGGGAUAGAUGAGAAGUGUUUUACAUAGUUAUUUUCCCAAAGGAAUGGAGUUGACUACUGCUCAUUUUUUAAACCAAAUGAGCAAUGUCAAAAGAGCAAAGUUCUUAUAUGGUUCUAUAUAUGCUUAAAAUUUUAAAUGCAGUUAUGUGUGUGUGUGUGUGUGUGUAUGCUGAGAGAGCAAGAGAAAGAGCAAGAGCAAGAAAUGAGAAACAGGAAGAGUAAAUGACCUAGAUGGCUUUUAACUCAAUUUUUGCCUUACCAGCCCAAAUCAGAGCACAGCAACCACUUUGGAUAACUACAAGUAACUUUUCAAGACCUUUCUCCCAAACCCAUAACUCUAAACCUACAGCUUUUGGGUACUUAAAAGCUGUCAGUAAACCAAGAUUCCGUGUAAGGGCUGGUUAAGCUAUACACAGAAGUAGAAGAUGGCUCAACAUAAAGGAAUGAUUUUUCAAUAAUGAAAUGGGUUGUCUUACAAAUGAAGAGAGCCAGCUUUGAGCCAAGAGGACCUGGAUGCCAUUCCUAUCUCUAAUAUAUUGGCUAACCUCUGGGCAAAUAAUUUAAUUUGUCAGUGCUUUGGGCUCAAGUUUCAGAAAGGGUGCCAACAUUCAUUGGUAGAGGGAGUUUCCUUACCUGGGUGUUCCCUAUACCACCAAAAUCAUAGGUCCAGGCCCUAUCCUAAUUAAGACUAUGAUUUCCUUUUAUUUUUCUAACUAAGCUUUAAAACAAUUCUCAUUUCUCGUAUCCCACAUCAUAUGAACAAAUUUUAGGGGUUUUAGAUUUACUAGCAACCUGACUAGAACGAUACUAUUUUGGAUAGGAAUUUUUCAUAUAGGAAUAGUAAAGUUAUGUCUAAAAUUAGGAAUGCGACUCAAUAGCACAAAGCAAAUCUAAGCCCCACACAAAAUAAAGAAGACUCUUUCAUGCACUUCUUGUAUAACUUUAUUUUUUAAAAAAGUCAAUACCUUUUUUCUAAAGGUGAUUCAUUAAAAAAAAAAGCCCAGCCUGAAACACAAAACUGAGUAUAAAUAAUGAGCAUUAAUAGAAUAAAUGUCAGGUCCUUGUUAGGAGCCAGGAAUUUCUCAUCAUUGCUGGUUUUUAUUCCUAUUCUCAAUCCCAUUAGUUGUUUCCCUUUCAAGUUCAAUUAGGAAAGCAAGUAUUAUAUUGCAUGCAGAUGCUGCCUGCCACUUUUGAUUGCUAAAUGCCUUUCCUUCCAAAAGGCAGGGAACUGCUUUUCUCAGCUUGAGCACAAGCACAUUAGUAUUUUUAGGAAACUAAUUUUGUAAACUCCACUUGUAGGUUACAAGGCUAAUUAUGUAGUCAAUUUAGUUACUCCAGGUUCUACACAGGCUGUGUAUUUUGAAAAACUGGAGUGUACCCAAGGGAUGACAGUGCUGGGAAUGGAUGUAGAAAGACCUGAGUUCAAAUGCUGGCUCUGGGGCAUCCUUGCAUUUGUGACUGCGGAUAAGUCCCUUAACCUCUCAGUGUCCCAUCACCUAAGAGUUUCAGAUGAGCUGUUCUUUAUCGACUGGAAGUUGCUACCUCUGGAGUAUAUAAGUCAAUGAAAUCACAAGUCUAUGGCAAAUAAACAAACUGCAUACCUACCCUCAACAUCUAGCAGUAAAAUGGAAUUUUAAAAAUUGAACUCAGCAGUUUUGUGUUUUACUCUUUCAACAUAUGUAAUUAGAAGGUAACCAAAGUGAAAUUCUAUUUGGUACCACUUCCCAGAUCUUUUCACCUUCUAUGAAGGCCAAACUCCGUAGGUUUGUUUCUGAAUGUUGAGUGUUUAAGUGCUAUUGCAUCUGUCAGUUUGUAUAUAUCUGAAGCGUAAGCACAAAUAAACCUUGGUUAAUUUCUUGA